AUGGCGAGGCAGGCCGAGCGAGACCUGCUGGCACGACUGCAGCGCGAGGGGGAACGACAGCGAGAGCAACGCGGCCGGCCCAGCGCAGGAGAGGCCGGGGAGGAGCUCUCUUUGAAGGAGCACGCUUCGAGGGCGUUUCCGCUACAGCCUGCUACAACUGCUUCGGCUGCUGCUGCUGCUGCUGCUGCUGCUGCUGCUGCCACUACUACUACCGCUGCUACAACUGGCAAAGGAGCCGAUACAACGGCGGAGCAGGCGCAGGUGCUGCUGAUGCCGCAGCAACCAUCCCUGUCAGGUUCAGCAGCCAAGGCCAGUGCGUAUCAUCACCGCACAGGCUUGCCGCGCCACAUGGUGUUUCAAACCCUGGGCCGCACCGGUGCCUCCCGUGGGGGCUGUGUGGGCAGAGGCGACGGGGCCAGUGGCGGAGGCAGGGGGGGAGGUGGCGGCGGCAGCGGGGGGCUGCAGCGAUGGUCAUCGCUGCCUGCUGGGCGAACUAGCUUGACGGCAGAACUUUUGGAGAUGGCUCAAAUGGCUCAACUGGCGCAACUGGCACAAAUGGCCCAUCUGGGGAAGAUACCAAAGAUGGCACAGAUGCCAGAGAUGACACAGAUGGCACCGGCCAUGGCUUCUCCUCCUAAUCACCCUCACGGUGCCGGUACCCGCAAUACGGUCCCUGCCCCUCCGCCCCUCACGCUGCCUAGCGACCUGCUCGCUUCGCGGCGCACGCUCAGUCUGCCGCCCGACUCGCUGCAAGCGGCCAUGUGGGCGGGACGGGCGGGCAAGGAGGGGGACGACAGCGCGAUGCUGCCCCAGGCAUUGCUGUCUCCCGCGAAGAAGCAGCGUGGCUCCUGCGGAACGGACCUUGCUUCCUGCUUUUCUCCCUCUUCUUCCGCUGCAGCCAGCGGAAAGGAGUGUAUUGCUGCUGCUGCUGCUGCUGCUGCUGCUGCUGCUGCUGCUGCUGCCAUUGCUGGUACCACUGCUGCUACUGCUGCUGUUGCUCCUGCUGUCAACGACGGCCCCUUGCGCCUCAGCAAAAAGUCGAGGCGGAGGCGGCAGCACUCACUUCUGGGGGAGCUGGCAGCUUCUGCUAUCGCGGCAAGCAUUGGGUCUGGGUCUGAGUCUCCUCCUUCUUUUCCAGCUGCCGUUCCUGAUGUUGAUCCUGCUGGUGCCGAUCCUGCUGGUGUUGUUCCUGCUGCCAUUCCUGCGCAUGUGCUGCAGGGCUUGAGUCCCCUUCGCAGCGAUCCCUUCCCACCUACACCACGGCCAGCAGCAAGGUUACCAGCAGCACUGUUACCAGCAUCGCCUCCACUGGUAGAAAGAAACGCUCCUCUCUAG